AUGUUGGUGGAAGAGGAGAAUGGGGCUCCAAAAGUUACCUCCAUGGCUUCGCUGCCUCUGAGGAGAAAGGCCCAAGCCUGGGAUGAGGACCAAGUGGAGACAGUGGAGGUGGAGAAUAGGUGGGCUCUAUUGAUGCACUCUAUGAAGCACUUCUGGUCGACGUACAGUCAUAUCCAAUGGGCCAGUAAGCUCUCUUCCAGCUGUGACUAUACCCUGUUCAAUGAUUGCAUCCAGCCCAUGUGGGAAGACAGCAGGAAUAAGUGGGGUGGCCGCUGGCUGGUCUGCCUGGCCAACCACCAGCACCACAGCAAGCUGGAUCAUCUCUGGUUAGAGACACUGCUGAGUCUGAUAGGUGAAAGCUUUGAGGAACACAGUAGGGAGGUGUGUGGGGCUGACAUCAAUAUCUGCACCAAGGGAGACAAGAUCUCGGUAUGGACACAGAAGGUGGAGAACCAGACCAGUGAGCUGCACAUUGGGCGUGUAUACAAAGAACACCGAAGCCUCUCAAAAAAUCCACUAAUGGUUACUAGACCUAUGCAGACACAACCACCAAGAGUACCAGGAACAAGUCUGCCUGAUAAACAGUGUUCUGGAAAGGCAAAGUGGGAAAAAAGACAGUAUGUGGCAAAAAUUGAAUCAAUGUCAGUUAUUAAUCCAAAGCAGAAGACCCUUCCUGAUGCAAUGACUAAAGCACUAAGCUAUUAA